AUGUCUCUAAAAGACCUUAUUCAAUCCCUUGCUAAUAGCACUCUUGCUUUUCAACAGGAAAUGAAAUCAAGCAUACAGAAUUUGGAGAAUCAAAUGAGCCAACUUGCUACAUUAGUGAGCAAACUAGAAUCUCAAGGAAAACUGCCCUUCCAAUCCGUGCCAAAUCCAAAACAGAACGCAAGCGUAAUUACGCUGCAAAGUGGGAAGGAGUUGGAAUCUGCCAGUCCAAAGAGGCUUGCCCAAGGCAGUACAACAAACCUGAAGGUAGAAGCAGAAAUAAAAAUUCUAGCAGAGAAUCAACCUAAAAAAUUAGAGGUAGAACAACCCCUAAUUCAGGUAAUACAUCCUCCUUUUCCUGAAAGAUUUGCUCAAUCAAAAAGAGAAAUGGAAGAAAAAGAGAUCUUGGAGAUUUUUUGCAAAGUCCAGAUAAAGACAUUGUUUGCAAUAUCAUGUAAAGUUGGAAACCUUGAAGUCAAGAAGGCAAUGUGUGAUUUUGAAGCUUCCAUAAAUGUUAUGCCUUUAUCAGUUAAUUUGUCUUUAGAUGCAGGUCCUUUGAAACAAAUAGGAAUCACACUCCAACUCGCCGAUAGAUCAAUAGUUUAUUCUAAAAGCAUGUUGAAGGAUGUUUUUGUCCAAGUAGAGAAAUUAAUUUUUCCAGCAUACUUCUUUAUCUUGGUUAUGGAAGAUGACAGUUCAUCUAACUCUACAGAUUUAUUGCUAAGAAGACCAUUCCUUAGCUUAGCUAGAACAAAGAUCGACGUGUAUGAAGGCACACUCACAAUGGAGUUUGAUGGAGAAAAGGUAAAAUUCAAUGCCUACAAUGCAAUGAAGUAUUCUAAUGAUAAUUUUUCUCUUUGCAACAUAGACAUUGUUAAUCCUCUCAAUCAAGAAGCAUUUGGAUUAAGCAAGGAAGACAAGUUGGAGGCAGUUUUAACCGAAAACUUGACAAUGGGCUGCCUUGACAAUAGCACAUCACAAUUCAGUGAAGAAAUCAUAUAA